AUGCGUUCCGCCUUUGCCCUCGUUGCCUUCUCGGCUGUUGCUCUUGCCCAGAGCACUGUUACCCCAGUCGCGGUGGACAACCCAGCCACGCAGUACCUGACUGAGACCAACUCUCUCGGUGUUGUCACUGGCCAGCCCGACGCCGUCACCAGCCAGCCAGCUGCUGUCACUUCGCAACCCGGAGCUGCCUCGAUCCCUGCCGGACUGACCACGCCCGUUGUUGUGCCAACUCCUACUACGACUACCAGCAUUGGCGAAACCACCGGCCCUGUCUCUAGCGGAACUACGCAGACGGGCUUCACCACCACCGCCUCUGCCUCUGCCUCGGGCUCCGACACUGCUUCUGAAUCUGGCAGCAGCGCUUCGGGCACUGGCACUGGCACUGCGUCCGGUUCUGCUGCGUCGUCUACCGGCACUGGCGCCGCUGCUCCUGGCGCAACUGCUGGUCCUGUUGACAGUAGUGCCGCUGCUUCUUCUUUUCUCGGUGCAAGCCGGUCUUCUGGUCUGGCUUGGCCUCUAUAUUUUCCUGCCAGUUGUAGGCUCCUCUGCUCUCUGUACACACCGACUCGAACCCAGCCUUUUCCACCGCCGUUUCCCCUCUCACUCUGCAGAAUGGUCUCCAAGCUUCGUCGGCUCAUCGCCGACCAUGCAGACCUCCAUAACGCCGAUCUUCCUCCAAAUUACCUCUUCCCAGGCGCCGAUGGACUCGCUACCGACGAUCUAAGCCAACUCACCGUGCUUGUCGCUGGGCCUCAUGGUACGCCCUAUGCUGACGGGCUGUGGCGACUGCACCUUAGAAUCCCGGAAGACUAUCCCGCUAGCCCACCAAAGGCGGCGUUCAAGACGCGCAUCUGGCACCCAAACGUCGAGGAGUCGUCUGGUGCAGUAUGUGUAGAUACUCUCAAGAGGGACUGGGAACCAAAGUUGACUUUGAGAGACAUCCUUGUGACAAUCUCGUGUCUUUUGAUCCAUCCAAACCCAGACUCUGCGCUCAACUCGUCCGCCGGCGCGUUGCUCCAAGAAGACUACAUCGAGUUUGCGCGCCAAGCCAAGCUCAUGACAUCGAUACACGCGCCAGUACCGAACAAUUUGAAGCAACCGGUCCUAGAAGCAAAGCAGCGCGGAGAAGACCCCGCGAUGGUACCCCGACUUGAACCCGAACAACAGCCUUCCACACAAGCCCAGGAGACGAGAAGAAUAGGUCUAGUUAUGAAACCCACCGCUACCGCCGCUUCGGUCGAGGCCCAGGACGAAAACAUGCAGUCUGACAGUGAGGAUCUCAUGGAUGACUAUAAAGAGAACGACCCUUCACUGUCGCCCGAACCUAUCACAAGUGCACCGCCCUUUUCUCGAAGAAACGACCAAGAGAAGCGGCCCUUGUCGGUUAUCGCAACUGCCCCUCCCCGCGACACAGAUGUAGUCAUGUACGACAGCUCAUCCGACGAUGACGGCUCAUCUGACGGUAUGACCUCGUCCGCGCGAAAUAUUGCAGCAAACGUGACCAACAAGACCUCACCUGCCUCAUCUUUCCAAGAAUAUGAUACACCAUCGGGAACACGACAACAGCACCCACAGAAAGCGUUCGCCCACGCUUCCUCUGUCUUGAACUCAUCGUACGAAAUCUACGAAGACGAACAGGGCGAACCUGCCACUAGCCCAAACCGUCGUGUCAGCCGUGGUAAAGAGAAUGUGACAAGCACCUUGUUUUCGACCAAAAACUCAUCAUCACUGUCAUUACCAACUACUCCCCAGACUGCUUCACUUGUCAUGAAAGCCCCAUCACAGCCAAGAGCCCCCCUGGGGCAAUUUCACAACAAUCCAGCUGUCGCGACCAGGCCUCUCGAACCAACCAAAGUCACCAAACCGGCACUAGGUAGUGGUGUUCGCAAAGGAUCCGCUGCCGUCAAGCGUAAACCGAGAAUCGGACUUCGACGGCUGUGA